AUAGUCUCCCUGGUAGUUGAUGAUGCAAGUGAAGUUCGUCUGAUCUGUGAUACCCGUCACUCAGUACAGCUGCUGUCUAGUUAUGAAGUCAUCCAUCACUUUGCACCCUUGAAAUACAACAGGAACUGGCUGUUUUGUUUUGAAUGGAGGAAAUCUCAUCGAGCCGUUAAGCCUACCAGCCGUACGGUCAGUACGUUGCGGCGGCGGUAGAGCGGUCUUCUAAUGGAAUAUCGUUAUGGAAGAAUCACAGUUGCAAACAGCAGGCAACAAACAAAUGAUGCCUAUGUAUGAGGUCCAAAGUAAGUCGCUAUUUUGUGAUUUCUUUUUCAAUCCAAAGAAAAGUAGCUCGAGAAUCGCAGCUAAUUAUUAGAAAUUAUCAAGAGUGCAAUGACUUUUGAAAGAUUUUUUUGGGAAAUAAAAACACGAGUGUCUUUCCCAAUAACUUUUGAUGAAAAAAUCGAAGGCGGAAAAGGACAUUUGUAAAACUGCAGUGAAUACUAUAUUUUAUUUGACUUGCUCUAUUCUGGAGAUUAGUUUUAAUCUCUUUCUGUAGUUCCUAUAAACAUUCAAUAUUUGUAAAUUAUAUAAUGUCUUUAUGUUUUGUGUUAUUUGAAAGAUCGGAAAAAGAAAAAGAACCCGGUGAAUACGAAAUGCUUCAUGCCCAACUGACUUUUCAUCAACUCUAGAAGCAUGAAAGUGAAGGUCAAUGUGAUAAGUGUAUAUUUGAGUUAUAAUCUUUAAAGUAUUGUGAUAUUAUCAGAUAAUUGAAAAGACAGUAAAUCGAAGGAUUUUUAGUAUAAGUGAAACUGUUUCAAAACUUCAGUUAGCACGGAGAACAGACUGAAUGCAAUCAUUAAAAGACAAGGAAAAGAAAAAGCAAAGAAAAGUUUAAUACAGAGAUACCAUCCAUUGAAACAACAUGCAAUAACGAAGAAUUGGUAUAUUGUGGGCAAACUAUAUUUUAGUACAAAGUGAUGGCAUGCGUUUCAGACAAGGAGGACAAUUCGAAUCCACCAACCUUACAAGAGGAAAUACCUCUGAGAAUCCCAGGUACUGGCACUACCCUGUCCAAUUGCUCGGACGACCUGCUGAAUUUUUCGGACAAGACAUUCUCACUUUCUUCCCCUCCUGAUAUUUACGCUUCUUCUGAGAAAGAUGAGGAAUCUAGAAGUCCUGCUCAUCAGGAGGAGGAAGAAGACAGUACUAGACUCGAAAGAGAAAAUUCUGAUGCCAUCCCUGUUGAAGACAAUUCAGAAAGUAGACCAGACGAUGAAUAUUUUCGACCGAUUAAAAAACUUCGAAUGGUAGAAUUUCGAGAAGAGAUGGCACCGAUUCCUCCUAAGCCACUCACGUCUUUCUUUAUCAAGGAUAUUUUGAAUCAUAAACCGAGCACUCCCCGAAGGCACUCUAUCUCUACAGAUCGAGGGAUAGUAAGACCUUGGGAUUUCGGUGGACCUGGGUCAACUUCAGCCACGUCCAGAAGAAGGCCUCGGUCAGCGGACGACGACACUCGUUCAGACAAGUUUGAAAGUGAUUCUUCUGAAAGUCCAUCUGGGGGAUGCGUAAACACCUCCCCGCUGGAUGCUUUGUUUGAGAUGACUAGCAAAGCAUUUGAAGGUCUGGAUGCCGAAGAAAAAGCUUCAGACUCAACACGCGAUCACUUAAACCUGUUCAGCAAUCGGCAACAGCCAAAGAAGAAAAGAAAAUCCCGAACAGCGUUCACCAAUCACCAGAUUUUCGAGCUGGAGAAGAGGUUCCUGUAUCAGAAGUAUCUGUCACCAGCCGAUAGGGACGAGAUUGCACAAUCUCUGGGUUUGACCAAUGCCCAGGUGAUCACGUGGUUUCAAAAUCGACGGGCCAAGCUGAAAAGAGACAUGGAAGAAUUGAAAAAAGACGUGGAUGCUGCAAAAGUCUCUGGCACUAGAGCCAUUUUGACGUCGAUUCACGAAAUGAGCAAUACCACCAAACAGAAUUUGAGCAAUUCACCAGAUUCAUGAAACAAUAAAAAAAAUAUUUCAUUGACUCAGUAGCAGUUCCAAUAAGAGGUUUCCACACAUUUUUUUAGCUGACGGGGCAAUGCUGGAACACAUUUUCUUGGUUGCUAGGAAAAUCUAAUUUGAUUUGAUCAAAAAUAUUACCUUUACAUAAUACUUGAAUAAAUCAUUGUUAGAAGAAUUACUACAUACUAUAAGCUCAUCAGUAGAAAGUGGAAAUGUUUUUUUUAGUAACUGUAUAAAAUCAGUUUAUUAUACUGAAGAUAUUCGAUUUCAUUUCUUGUUAAUUUUAGUUCCAAUUACAUUUGAAGUACUUUAAAAUAAUUUAAUAUUUUGUAAUUAAAUAAAACAAUAUUUGGUUUAAAUUGUUGCCUAAUUAUUUUUUUUUCAUGUUAGGACUAUUAAAUUCACUUGCUAAUUGAAAUUAUGUCAUUUUCAAAAAUCAGUGAAAUUUUCCAUUGACGGUAAAUCUUUCCCAUUAAAUAAAUAACUGAGACGACUGCCCUGUUUUUUAAACAAAUAAUGCUUAUUUAUACAAACAGAAAGCAAAUAAGAAUAACGAAACGUAUUUAUCAUGUAAAUUUAUGCAUAUUUUAGAAUGCUGCGAAAUCUUCCUUUUUAACAAUUUUGCAAUUUGUCUUUCAUGUGUUGUGAAUCAUGAAUUGAUUUCAGUAUUUGAUGUAGAAACAUUAUUUAAAUUUGAAGGAUCUAAGAUCAUAAAUUCAGAAAAAUCCAGCAAAAAAGGCUUGUCAACUUUUUUCUUCAAAUGCAACUAAUCAGAUUUUUUAUGUUUCCAUUUUCUACAAGAAUUCACAAUCCCGCGUACAUAUACAGAAUAAAGUAAAGAGUAAAGCAAUUCUUACUAACAAAAAAAAAAGCAUUGCAAAUAUUUUGUUAACCUUAAAAGAACUGCUUUACAUCAAGAAAAUUUAUAAUUAAUAUUUAUCAUCGGAACAUUACAGAGCAUGCAAUCUUGCCAUACGGUACAAUCAUAAUAAAAAUAGGCUAAUGAAUAUGAGUUAUAUGAAGCAAAUAAAAUACCAAGACAUAUGUUUGAAGUUAAUCGUUCAAAUAAGUUUUAAUUGCAAUUAUUUAUUCCAUAAUAGUGCAUUGAUUGUUUUGUCAUCAAAUAUUUGUAAAAGAUUCAUUUGUAUUUCACUUUAGCAAUAAUCAGGCAUGAAAAACUUUAUAUGAGAUUCCAUUAUUAGGAAAAGCUCAUGCAUACAAGUAACUUUACAGUGUAUUUCAUCUGUUAUCACUUAAUAAGUAUUACUGAAAUAAAAAGCUCUUAAGAAUGGCUUACCUGAUUUAUCUAUAGGAGAUGAAUGGUGUCAUAUUUAAUAGAUGUUGUAAUAAUUUAUGAUUGUUUUUAAAAGAGUAGUAACUCUUAAAUAAACUUCUUAACUGUGAAUGAAAAAAAAAAACACAAACUAGAGAAAAAAAAUUUUUUUUUGGCAAUUUCUUUACAUUAAUUGAAUAUUAUUCACAGACUUCGAAUACUGUAGUUUCUUCGGUAUCAUGCCAUAAAAAUAGGUGAUUUGAACUAUGAAUUAUCGGUUAGAUUUUGUGUAUUUCCAUGUUUCUUCAAAAAUAGUGAUCUGUACAUAUUAUGAAAACUGUUUAAAAGUUGUGUUAU